GGGGUGGCGAGGGAUGAGAUAGAUAAAAUCUCAGAACCUUCCGUCACAGUUUUCAAGGGAGGCGGUGGGUCGGCGACCAAAUGGCGGAUGAUGCACAUAAUAGUAGCCCUGGGAAUUUGGCUUGGCGGUAUUCAUCUCAAUUUUGCUCUAGGCCUCAUAUCCCUCUUCUACCUCUCCCUGUCCAAAGCCCUCUUGGUUUUCGCUUUACUUUUGAUAUUAGUGUUAAUUCCUGUCGACCAUAAAAGCAAAUACGGCCGCGUAUUGGCUAGAUAUAUAUGUCAAAAUGCUUGCAGCUAUUUUCCAGUUACUCUACAUGUUGAGGAUAUACAUGCGUUUGAUACCAAUCGUGCUUAUGUUUUUGGUUAUGAGCCACAUUCAGUUUUACCUAUUGGUGUUGUUGCGUUGGCCGACCUUACUGGUUUCAUGCCUCUCAAAAAAUUGAAAGUCCUUGCAAGUUCUGCUGUGUUUUAUACUCCGUUUUUGAGGCACAUAUGGACAUGGAUGGGCCUAACGCCAGCGACAAGGAAAAAUUUUAUCUCCCUCUUGGCAGCUGGCUAUAGUUGCAUCAUUGUGCCUGGUGGAGUACAAGAGACAUUUCAUAUGGAGCAUAAUUCGGAGACUGUCUUCCUCAAGACAAGACGAGGAUUUGUUCGUAUAGCGAUGGAGAUGGGUACACCACUGGUCCCAGUUUUCUGCUUUGGUCAGUCAAGUGUCUAUCAAUGGUGGAAACCUGGUGAAGUUUUUCUCCAAUUUUCAAGAGCAAUCAAGUUCACACCAAUUGUCUUCUGGGGAGUUUUUGGAUCGCCUCUUCCUUAUAGGCGGCAGAUGCAUGUGGUGGUGGGAAGACCCAUUGAGGUGAAGAAAAAUCCAAAUCCAACGAGUGAUGAGGUGCUUGAUUUACACGGUCGGUUUGUUGAAGCACUCGAAAGUAUGUUUGAAAGGUAUAAAGGACAGCUUGGCUAUGAUGAUCUGCAGUUAAAUGUCCUUUGAUUAAAGGUUGAGAGAUUUAUUUGGUCCAACUUCAAUCAAUCCUGUACUCAUCUCUUGUAUUCAAGAAUAUCUGUAGCAAUGAUCGGAGUGCCCAUUAUUAUACAUUCGAGAUCUUUUGGCAAAUGAUGUGGGGUCCAGCAGAAUAGAAAACCAGGGUUUUAAAUCUUUGAGAAUAAUACACUUAAAUGGAAUUCGAAUUCAGUUAUGAAAUGUUGUAGGAUAAACCAACCCUUGUUGAAUUAGAAAUGAUGAUCAUAAGAUGGUUCGAUUAAUAAUUUAAUCUUUAAUAUUUUGUA